AUGGAUGAAACUACAACAGAUACACAAGUAUUUGAUUUGGGGGUAGCUACCAAACCUUUAUGCAGAAAGAAGUGCUCACAGUGUUGUGAAAAAAACAUAAUAUUGAGAAAAAAUUUAGAAACCAUAAAAACCUUAAGGAAAGAAAUCAGAGACACAAACACUGUUCAAAUUAGACAUUUGAAAAGAUCUGUAAAGCAAAAAGAAAAAUUGAUUACAACUUUGAAAAUCAAGUGUAUAGAAGAAAAAAGAAAAUGCAGAUUUAUUGAACAAACAAAAGCAACAAGAGAUUUAAAGAAAGAAAUUAUGAUAUUAAAAAUAAAAAACACAAAACUAAGAAGCAAAAUGAAACACUCAUUGUUGAAUCACAAAAUGGUGAUUGACAAUAAGAAAGAAGUCAUUGAAAGUUUUAAAAAAGAAGUUAGUUCUCUGAAACAGCAACUAAGUAAACUUCUGGCAGAUCAUCACAAUUUAAUUGAUCUAUACUUAGAGUUAGAGAACAAAGAAGAAAACAUAGAAACAAAAACUGGCAAUAGGUAUUGUCCAAAACUUAGAAAAUGCAUUUAUAGAUCACUUUUAAGUCAUUGCCCAGUUAGAGGAGUAGGUGAAAUUUUACAAUCAUUUUCUAGCACAGUAUGCAACAAAAAUUUAGAUAGAUUUCCACAUUAUUCAAAUAUAUCAAGAAUGAUUUAUGAGCCAGCGGUUCUAUCAUUAAUACAAGUUGGUGAAGCCAUAAUGAAUUGCGGCACAAUGACAAUAUCGUUUGAUGCCACUACUACAGGGGAGAAACAUAUAAAUGCAUUUAGUAUUUCAACCUAUCCACCUAGAAAGGAUUACACUAUAUCUUCACAAAGAGUGGCAGGGGGAAGAGCUUAUGAUUAUUCUACAAACAUUUUAUCUGCUUUGAGAGAAAUAGGUUCCCUAUUUUCUGAAUUUAAAAAGAUCCCAUAUAUUGAUUUCAUGGACAAUUGUCAAAAGAAAAUGAGAAGUUGUUUGUCAGAUAGAGCCCCGGUAAAUAACUGUGUCCGACAAAUGUUAGAAAAUUAUUUAAAUGUCCAGCUGAUUAAAUUAAAUUGCAAUAUACAUCCCUUGGACACUAUAGCUUCACAAUGUAGGAAAUAUCUUUUAAAACUGGACAAAACCAUUGGCACAACAUCAGCAUGUGGAAAAGACUGUGCUGCUGUCUCAAUAGUAUAUAACAUAUCAAAACUAAGGUACAGCUCAAAAGGUGAACCAGCUGCAUUUAAAUUGUUUUUAAAAGACAAUAAUGUAACACCUAGCAGCUUUAGCCAAAAUUUUCAAUAUGCUGUUAGCAUGUUGGAGAAAUUGAUUGCUAGUCCAGUGCUGAUUAAAAGCCACACAACAAUAUUUGAGGAAGUCUCCCUCAAACAUGAUGAUGUCCAUGCAGCACUUUUAAAUAGGGCACAUGACAGUGUUAAACUAGAAAAUAUUUUGUCUUGUUUGUUGCAAGAAACUGUUGUUGUUAUAAAAAGGCAGAUGGGCAGUUAUUUAUCAGAUCCAUCUGAUGAAAUGCUUGAGGCCACCAAGUCUGCCCCCCCACACAAUAUACACUGUGAGAGAAUACUAGGAAUGGCUGAUUUUUUAAUUCGUCGAGCGCCAAAUGCCACUAUAGGUUUUGUAGAUUGCAAGGUUAAAGCUAAAUUAAAUAAAACAAUGGAGUGGCUUGAUGCAAAAAGUAUCAAUGAACAAAAUCAGCUAAUUGAUUUUGCUAUAACUGAAGGUGCUCGCAGGCGAAGAUCACACAAAACCCAACAGCGAGAAAUUGAAAAUGAAAUCAUACAGAGAAGAGAAGAAUCAAUUAAAAAGAAAGAAAAUAAAGAAAGAAAGAAGUUAAAGAUAGAUGUUGUUGAUAAGUUGGCUAAAGGUCAGUUAUUUAUAAAUGAUGAAAUAUUCUGCAAUGUGGAGACCAGACAAAAACAAGUGUUAGCUAAAAUUAUCAAUGGAGAGGAUAUGACUGGCCAACUGCUGAAACACAAGUGGGAAUGUAUAAAUGACAAUGACACCUUUUAUUUUGGUAGAAUAGUCUUAAGACUCUCAGCUAGUGAGACAAAACUUGAUAGAUUUGUAAUUGCUUAUUGGUCAAUUGAUGAGGAAAAUAGUGAAGACUCAGAACUCAAUGUAGAUACUUUAAUAACUGAUAUGAUCAGUAAGCAUCUGAUGUUUGAGUUUUAA